GUCGGAGAUCGGCCUCGGCUUUUUGCCCUUUCUCUUUCGCUGAUUGGACCUGUCACCUCUUCUUACCAGGUGGUUCCAUCUUUUGAACGUAAAGAGGUUUAUAUCAUACUCUCUGCGGAUUCACCCGACUUCCAGAAGGCCCUCCAUCUACAUAUUGCUGGAAGUUGCUGAUUUUAUCCCAGGCAAUCGCAGCAAUCUUAUUGAACUGUUAUCGAUGCACAUCGCCUGCAGGCGAACAGCUCAUUCCCACAUAAUAUAACACACAGAUGAUCUUGGUUUCCAUAACCCUAAAAGGGGAUUAAAAUACAAUUACGUCAAAAGAUCUCUCAUACGACGAUUAGUUGAUACUAAAUGGAGACAGUCAUGCUCGGCUCAGAAAAGCGGCGAAGACGGCCGGCAGUCUCCUGUACUUUAUGCCGGAGACGCAAGAUCCGAUGCAAUCGAGAAAGUCCCUGCAGCAAUUGCCUGCGGUCCAGAAGCGGAACUUGCGUUUAUGAGAAUCCCAACCUACCUUCAUCUCCACAGCACCAUUCUGGCCAGCGGCUCACAGCUGGAUCCCAGGACUCGGUACCCAUUGACAGGUCUUCCAGCGCGAGCACUUCGCCAUUCCCCAAUCAUCUACCAAGCUCCCUGGCGACCAAUUUGACAAGACCAUCGACUCCUACAAGUCAACAUUCCGCACAAGAUGCUGAGUCGACGAGACUGAAACUCAGAAUUCGACAGCUCGAGGACCAGCUAACUAAUGCAACUCUCCGGCCUUCGGCCCCAGACUCCGAUAUUGAGACAACAAGCUCACAUGUGAGUGGAACCUUUCAUGUUCAUUGCAAGAGAAACGCAUCAGGCCAGCCCGAGUCCAUUCCCCACAGUGUUAGCCUUAAAACACGCUUGCUCGGCCAAAGUCAUUGGAGCGUCAGUGGUGUUUAUCUGAUGCGUGAUACUUUCAAUACGCUUGAGCCCCAUCUACGAGGAGAUUCAUCGAACGCCUGGUCUGGCAUAGAGAAGUGUAAAUCUCUGGCAAGAAGCAUCAAAGCGUGGCGGUCACCUUCGUGGCCCGCACUCCCGUCGUCUAACCUGCCUCCCCGAGAGGUCGCGGACACACUAGUUGAUAACUACCUCCGGACAACUGAGGCUAUCUAUCGAAUCUUGCACAUCCCUGCAUUUCGCAGAGACUACGAGGCACUUUGGGUGUCAAACACCGAGCCUGAAGUGGCCUUCUUGGUUGAGCUCAAGCUCGUGCUCGCCCUUGGUGCAGUCACGUAUGAUGAUCACUUCUCAUUGCGAACCUCAGCUAUUCGAUGGGUUUAUGAGGCCCAGGUCUGGGUUGCGGAGCCUAAGUUCAAGUUAAGAUUAAACGUACAGUCUCUACAGAUCUACCUGCUUCUUUUAUUUGCCCAAGAACAAGUCGGGGUCGGUGGAGAUUUGACAUGGGUUUCAGCAGGCGCUCUUCUUAGGAGAGCGAUACAUAUGGGCUUACACAGAGACCCAAGCUUUUUACCACGAAGAACAGCCUUCGCUGCUGAGAUGCGUCGAAGGCUCUGGAACACAAUCCUCGAGGUGAACUUACAGUCCAGUUUGUCAUCCGGGGGUACUCCUUUGAUCUCUCUUGGAGAUUUUGAUACAGCCCCUCCCGGUAAUUUUGACGACGAUCAGCUGGAGGCCCAAGAUCCUGUACCAAAAGUGGGCUUCACGCAAGUAUCCAUUGCAAUUGCGCUCCGCAAAACUUUUCCACAACGUCUUGCCGUUGUCAAGUUUUUGAAUGAUCUUGCUUCUCCCGGCACAUACGGGGAGACUCUCAAGCUCGAUGCAGAGCUGCGUGCGGCGUAUCGAGCGCUGGGCCAAAGUCUGCGAGCACUAAGCUCCUUGAACUUGAAUGCCCAGCCCUUGCCUUCUCAUUACGAAAUCCACGUAGUUGAUUUUCUCAUGCACCGCUAUAUCUUGUCUCUUCAUGUUCCAUACUUUGGCCCAGGCCUGCACGGGACAGCUUACACCUUCUCACAAAAAUCAGUGGUCGAGUCGUCGCUGAAGUUAUGGCGAACGGCGUGUCCAUCCUUAUCGCUCGUGGAUGCCCAGCUCGUCAGCGACACGGUUCCCUCUGCUAGUAAUGAUCUGCCGAGACUGGUGGCCUGCAGCUCGGGCUUUUACCCAACAGUAGCUAUUCAUGCCGCCUUCCUUAUCGCGGUAGAGCUCCGGAUGCAGCUGCAGGAGGAAGACAGUCUGUGUCCUGCUCCAUUGCGGCCAGACCUGGUUUCCGUAUUGGACGAUGCUAAAGCAUGGUGCUUGAGGGUUAUCGAGACUGGUGAGACCAACGUCAAGGGCUAUUUACUCAUGAGCCUGGUUGCAGCCCAGGUCGAAGGCCUCAUGCGCGGCUUCAGGGAGGAGCAAAUCGCCGAGGUGUUAGUCAAAGCUGUAGAGGAUGUUGAAUACACAUGCUUGCCCAAGUUAGAAAAAAUGGCGGCCUUAGCCCAAGGCCAGGGGAUGGGAGGGGGAGACGAGCUUCAGCACGCUGUGCCGGUCGAUCUGGAUGAGGACUGGGGCUUUACGACUUCUGAUGCACUUUUCAACCCGGGUGACACCGAGCCUAUGAGCUGGUUAUUUAACGACGACCUCAAUCUAGUAGCGUCGUUGCUUUAGUAUAUGAGUGGACCUUAGCAAAGGAGUCGCCACUAUUCGAAAAACGUUAAUAUGAACCGUCAUACACUUAUAGAAAUCAAUGUUUAUUGAACGUGAUAACCUCUACAUCGGGUUCCCAAUAAAACUGACCAGGGUCAAUGCUACUACGCCUUCCCGCAUUCGAUCAUCGAGAGCUCUGCCUUAUCA